UCAAGAGUGAAAAGUGCGCGUCGAUGCGCGCUCACCUGUACAAGUUGCGGCGUUCGCGGUAGAUCGGAGAAAGGCCCAUCUAUCAUGGGUGCAGAAGAGAUACUAGAGGAGGAUGCCCGUGAAGACUGGAUCAGUCGUGGGUUCGCGAUGAAGGACUUCAGUGUGAAGAAAAUGACAGCGAUAUGGGAUUCGGAGGAGAAAGAAGAAGUCAAACGUGCGAAGAAGCUUAAAGUUAUCCAACACAAGCACCGACCUUUGAAAGAGGACAUCAAGCACGUGGUGACGAAAGUAACAUCCGAACUCCACAAUAUGUCGGAGAACGUCCGAGAAACUAUACGGCAAUUCGAGCCCGUGAUCCUCCGAGAUCGUCGAUGGCUUAGAGAGCACGUCGCAACAAUAUUUCGCAUGGACGAGGAAUGCACCAAGUACAAACGCAUGAAGGUGACGAACCACGCUGAGUAUAUGAGAACAGCCAAGCAGGAGCAUACCAAGCAAGUCGAGCGACAUGGACGCAUCGAACACAAAGCGCCACUUCUUCGACGACUUCGGGAAAUGAAAGAGGAAGCAGACAAGAGGGCACGAGCUCAAGCGACACAGGAACUCGAGACAAAAUGGAAGUACUGGCACGACCAAGAGAUGGAGGAAAAGGAGCGAUACGUAUCCCUGACUCAAAAGCAGAACGAUGACCACAUUGCGUACAAGCGCAAAAUGAACAUGCAGUACUGGAAGGCCAAGGACAAAGUCGCUCGGAAGGAAGCCGAGGCAGUCACCACCGAACUUGCCCAUGCUCGCGCUAUGAGUGCCCAGCACGCUGUCCAAAAUGUAGUCGACCAAGUGGACGAGUGGCGGGGCGAAGAAGUUGAAAAUGACGAGUAUGGUACCCUCCGACACCAAACGGAAUCGUCGCUCGGGGUGUUUGGGAUUCCAGUCGAACGAGGAGCAUUUUAUUCGUUGGAUGAAGGAGGAUAUCAACCGGAACUUGACAACCACACGAUUGCAUUCCCGACGGCCGGUCCAUUCGACACCCGGAAUGAACUCCAGCGCGUCGAGUUGAUGGACUAUCAAUCGAAUCUAAAGGCCCUCGAAGAGAAGGUCGAGAGGUUGCGAGUGCAAAAAGCCAACACGAUGGACGACCGGAAGCUCAUUCUCGACAAGAAAGCGGGUGUUGUGCGAGGGUUAAACCAGGCAAAAGCAACUCACCGGGACAUUUUAACGACGUUGGCGGGUCCUCCUCGGCGAGAACCUGGGGAUGUCGAGCGAAGACAUAUCCACUCAUUGCUCAAGCAACAGGCCGACUUCUCCUCAGAACUCAAGGAACUGUCGAUUCGAGAGCGAUUGCUCACGGAGCGCUUGAGUGGGUGCAGUGAGGAAGAACAUGCUUUGGUGGAGCAAGUAGAGAAAGUUUCCGACGCAGUACGCGCGAAAGAGGCUGUCGUCGCAGAAAUGGACAAGAUGCAAAAUGACUUGCCCAUGGUCAUUGGCCGCUCGAUUGCCCAUGGGUUUCAAGGAUUUGACGGCGCGUCGUCGUCAAAUGAGACUAAGCAUGGCAACCCCAUGAAAAACCUUUUGCCGCAAGAAACUCUAACUGCGAUCACCCAACGAACCAAGCUCGAGUUACUCAAGGCCGCAGCAAUACCAGCAUUCCAGCUAUACGAAGAAGCGCGAUACCUCGGACUCGAGUCCUGGAAGUUAUCCAAGCAAAAGAUGGUCGACGAGGCUGAGCUGGAACUCACCGUGCAUCGCCUCGCCAAGAUCAAGGACACGUUGACCAAACAGCAGUCGCUCAACCAACGAUCCGAUGUGAUCAACGCGCUUGAAAAGUUUCAUAAUAACCGAGAGCAUCUGAUCGCCGUCAAAAAGAUCUCAACGGGGCCAUUGGACUGGUGGAAGUCGCGCGAUGUGUCGACGUCAUUGGGAGUGUCUCUAGACCUGCAGAACGAGACGUGGGUCGUACUCGACGAAGGCAACCGUCGAGGACUCUUGCGUGGGGCCGUCAUUUUGCCCAGCCACACGUUGUGGAAGCUUCGAUUUGAGGUGGCUUUGCUGAAUCGUGAUGUAGCGAAUGCCGCGACGUUUUCGUCCGAAGAUCGAGUGAAAGUGAGUUUUGGCAUGACGAGUGGAUCUGUGGCGCAAAUUGGAUCAUUUACAGCCAUUGACGACAACGGCAAGCUAUGUGGGGCCCAUUCGAUCGUCCAAGACUACGUGGGCACACGGCUAUACUACUGUUUUGAGUUUUUUCGGAGUUACCCGAGCAUGGCGGCGUCUCAAAAAUUGGGGCUCAUGGUGUCGGGGACGUUCAAAGAAGACGAGACAGCUGCAGACGCAAUCCCAAACGCAGUUCACGCAGGGAAACACGUCUUGUCAGAGUACGUAAAGAUGCUCCGAGUCCAGUCGCAACAAGGCAACCACCGGUGCGCAUCGCUGCUGGAAGAGCUGAUCAAGGUUGAGAGCAGUCAUGCCGAGCUGUGGGAUUCCAAAGUCCUCCAUGGGCAUGCGCAAAGGUUUCCGCGGCUCACGUACGCCAUCCACCUGCGAGAAGCUAUCCAGCACGAGAUUUCAAAAGCCAUUCAGCAUGACAUCAACAAGCGGCGUGUGGCGUUCGUGGAUGCGGCACAACCAAAUGCUUCGACCUCUAUUGUUGAAGUCGACGUCGACGACGAUGAUAGCCAAGUAAAAUCCAACUCGAAGGAGGCGCGUUUGGAGCAAUCGAUGUUGGACUACCGCCACCGCAAGAGCGAACACAUUGAGAUUGCAACGUCAGCUGCAAGGGAGAAAGUUGGUCAGCGGAUACAGCUCGAUCGGGAAGGUGUAUGGCAGCAGGGAAUCAUCUUAGCGAUGCGAGUUGAAUGGAAGGAAGGCGGCACCAAGCUCGACAUAUCCCACAUGGUUUUGAUGGCAUCAGCAACAUUCAAGUGGGUAGAUCUGGAUCAACACACAUUUGUAUUACUCGCAAACGACAUGGCACCGUUGCUCGAGCUCGAACGGGAGAAACAAGCGGAGGAACAGAAAUUGCUCGAGGCCGAAGUCGAAGCCAAGAAAAUUCAAUCCGCGUCGAAAUCGCUCCUCGAAAUCGAGCAAGACUACGUCGCGAUCAACAUUCGCGAAGACGCACAAUUUGAAAAAGUUCAAGCGAUGGAUUUGGCUCGUAGAGAGCAGAAUCUUCGUCAUGAUGCUCAGCGCAUGUGCACGUAUGAUCCCCAAGUGGUAUCGCUCUUGGAGGCGGAAGCGCGGAGGUUAAUGCAAAAUGUCAACCACCACAAUGUGACGUUCGAGCUUACGUUGAAGACGUUAAAGGCAAACUAUAUCCAGCAAACCGUCGCAACGCGGAUGGAGUUCCUCAAGAAGACUUGGACGCGCAAGAAUCAGCGGCGCCUUGAUAAACGCAAAGCUGAACGAGAUCAGCGAAAGCGAAAAUACGAUCAGAGCAAUCAACAGGUUCUCGAAAUGUCCAAAAAGGAACGGUUCGAGAAAGAGACAGCGGCAAAAAAGGACCAGGCUGCGGCAGAAGGUGUCGCCAUGGCCGCGGCCCUUCAAAAAGCGUUGCAAAUUCCUAAUUUCAACCUGUCUGUUGCGCCAGAACCUCCUUGUGCCCACCGUGAGCUGAAGCAUUGGGGAGCAAAGUACGAUAAAGGCAUGCGCUGCAAGCACUGUGGGAAGGAAAUGAGCCACGUCGUCGACGAUCCAGAUGCUGCGCGGGGGGCAGACCCAGCCUUAGACCGCGACGUUGAGAAACAUCGCUUAUUUGAAGCCAGUUUUCGGUUUGAAAACGCCGCGCACUUACAAAGAGUCGAGCGCGAACGCCUCCGCCUCGAGAAGGAGGCACGGGAAAUGCAGCUGGCCGAGGUCCAGUCGUACGACUCGACUCAUAUGAAAGCAAUUGACGAUCUCAAUUUUCGCCACGUCAUUGAACGCAACGUCGACGAUCGCGACGAAACCCGCAAUGCCAUGGACAGACACGAGGCAGCAUAUCGUGACGAGCUGAGCUUUUUCGCCCGGGUGAAUCAGUUUCGAUACCGCUUGCGAAUUUUGCAGGACCUUCGUGGAGCCGCGUAUAAGGAGCGACUAGUCGAGCUUGAAUCUCUGAGUCAACUUCAGGUGGAACGUCAAACGACGCAAGAUUUUGUCGUCGUCAUCCAAGUCGAGCAAGAACGAGCCCGUCAGCUUCUCAAAGACCGACAAGCCGCAAUUGAUGCGUACAAUGCAUCGGCAAAACACCUCCAAGAGUGUCUCGUUGAGAAAACGCUGGCAUUUCGGGCGCGAGAAGGAGUCGAAGAAGAGGCGAAGAUCGCUAUGUUGCAUGCAGAAGCGCUCGCGCGAACCAGUGCCAAGAUGCGAGUACUUUGGGAAGCUGCCCAUGCAGAUCGACAACAAGUCAAGGAAACCGUCCGGGAGCUAAAGGGCCAGCUGGAAGAUGCUGUCAAAGCGCGACAAAGCCUUAGUGAGCGACUCCUGGCCCUGCAGUAUCGAAAAAAGGGCACCAAGGUCUAUACCCCGUACGGCGAGGGACUCGUCCAGCAUUUUCGCGAAAACGAUCGAGUGCUUGUGAUUCGACUGCACCAGUGGAAAGCCACCGUGUACAUGUCCCUGGUGUUUUUCGUCCAACAAGAUAAAGCGGCGCAACAACGAGAGCUUGUGGCGAUGCGAAGCAUAGAGGUUGAGUCGAGAGCCUUUGUGUCAUACGAGCAGCAACACGAACUUGCCGAGAGUCACUUCAUGGAGAAGGAGGACGUUUUGUGUCGAGAAAUUGCAACAUGGGCGCGAAACCAGGCCGCCAAAGUGGACGAAAUCCGGGUAGCAGUGACGAAAAUCGAAUUGCAGACCCAAGUCAAGUUGGCGCUUACGGAAACCAAAGCUCGAUUUCGCAAGGAGGCCAAGGCAGAUGCUGUGCGCGCCCAUUCUGCCAAGAUUAGCAUUGCACGGCCGAAACUCAAGGCGAUUCCCAAGCGAAAACCGUUGAUUCCACAGAAAUCAAGUACAGUUAAGCAAGCGGCGGCGGCGAUGGCGGCUGCAGCGAAAGUACCUCCGCCUGAAAGCAGCCCUGUGAAAACCAACAACGAUGGCGACAUGGCACUUCCAAAGCUCAGGAAGCAAACGACACUGGAAAAGAAUCGACUUUCGCGUGCCGCGCUGAAGCGAAUUCUUAUGGCUCAUGUGGAAGAAGCCAUACUCAGAACGGAACGAGUCCACCUUGAAAAGUAUGACCGAGUUAAUCGCGCCCGUAUUAUCACCAUGGUGGGUGAGAGUUGCGUUGCGAAUAUGCUGAACGACAUGCUUCGUGGUAUUGCAGAAGAAACAAUUCGUGAAGGAAUGAUCACUGCCAAGACUAUGGAGCUGCAGUCCACGAUUGUGCAUUCGCGACAGUAUCCACAUGUGCAACCUCAUGUUCACAUGGCGUUGCGACGCCAGGUUGUAACGCACAAGAUGCAGCUGGAAGUUGUCAAGCGGACUUGGAUGCGGCAACUUGAGCGUCUGCGGUGCGUUCAGGCUGAAGUCGCACGUCGCAAGGAAAUCGAGCGCCAGGCCGAAGAAGAGCGCAAACGAUUGGAGGCGCUUUGCAAAGAGAUGGGGCGCGAGGAAAUGCUGUGUCGCAAGUUCUACCGCGACGAGAAGCGUAUGAUGCUCUUUGAAUCACGAUGCAUGCAGUUGGCCGAAGUGGAAAUGCGGGAGUACAUGCGUCUAUUCGAGCUACAGUUGAUGCUUGAGAAGUACAACGCGCUUGGCGUGGACGACAACAGAGAGACCAGCAAACAGGCCCGUCGACUGCAGAUCAAAAAGGGCAAGCGCGAAAAACAGCGCCUGGCGGAAGAGUGGGCAGCGAUCAAAAUCGAAGACGAGUUGGCCAUGGCUAUCCGAGAGGUGUGGCUCCAGGAACGCCGAGAGCAGGAGUUGGAGCAACAGCAGCUUGAAUUCAUGUUGCAGCAAGCAGAAUUUCAGGAGUCGGAUGGAGAAGAUGAACAAGAGUAUGACGACAAUGAAGACGAAGUUCAGCAGGCAAAACAGGACGUCGUGGCAGCACAUGCCAAGGAGUUGAUGUUGCAGCUCGACCCGAAAGCACGAGUCAAGCUGGAGCAACAACUCGAGCGACGGGCGAAGGCAAAGCUCGUGGCGACGAAGAAGCGUGAGGAGUUUGCUCAUCGACUGAAUGAAGAGUACAUGAUGGCGGCUGCCGAGACAAUGUUUGCAGUGGCCAACGCAGAUUUGGCUGUCAUCCAACUGCAGGAAAACCUCGUCUACCUUCAGCGGCUGGACAGCGACGCCGAGCAAGUCAAGGCAAUGCAGAUAGAUUUAAAGCGAAGCCAGCAGCAGGCGAAAGAAAUUACUGACGGAGCCCGUCGUAAACAUGAACAUGCUAAGGCCUGCAUUGCACGGUGCUCCGCGGCUGAGGCUGCGCUGGAAAUCGCGAUCGCUCGUGAAAAGCGAGAUCAAAAGUUCAUGCACAAAAUGGUCAAAGAUACUGCAUAUAUGGAUUCCAGCGUGCUGCAUAAGCGUUGCCAGCGCUUUCUCACCGAUUAUUUGGCCAUAGAGCUCUACAAGAAAUACUUUGAUACGCUCGUGCACUUGAUCGUCCUUCGAGCGCUUACCGUGACAGGAGAACGCACGUUGUUGGCGCUCGGCGAGCGCAUUCAAACGUUGGAUACCGAAAGGGCCGUGAAGACAGUCCAAGUUACGCGAUUGUGGCGCAAGCACACUCGAGCAAGUCGCAUGCGUCUAUGUCGCGCCGAACUGGGUCGAUUAAUGUUUCGCAAGCAGCGCAAGACCGCCCUCAAAUUGGCUUUUCAUGGCUGGCUCAAGGUGUGGCAUCACUCGGUGGUUGUGCGGCAUGCGUAUGAGUUGCGAUACAGCCUUGCUCGCCAAGACCAACGACUCGCGGCCAUGGAAGCUAAGCACGAAUCCGGGUCCCACCUCAAGGCCAACCACGAGGCGUUGCCGUCCCAAACGAUCUUGCGCAGGUUUCAGCACCGCUGGAUCCAGUGUCGCCUGUGCAAAACCAUGUACUCGGACGCGCAAAACAAUCGAUUUGCAUGCGCAUAUCACCCUGGCAAGUACGAUCGCGCAUGCGUUAAGACAUGUCCAUCGCGACGAGGCGAGCCGCUUCAGGCAAGUUGCAUGCUCCAUCGCGCGAUGCGGUGGCUGUGCUGCGACGAGACGAUUCAGGGGGCGUUCGGCAGCACGGGGUGUAAGCGACGGUUCCACGUGCCAGUGCGGGAUGAACCAAAUCUCCACGCAACAGUUCAGAUUGCCGAAGCCCAAGAGAGGACCAAAUUGGAUCAAGUCAACAAGGAAUUGGUCGAAUUGGAGGCCAAGAGCGUGACCCGAACGGUGUACACCACGUUGCGGGACCAGCUGCAAGGGCUACAGGAUGAUUUAGCAGCAAAGCGGGAGAAAGCUGCUCGAUACGAUCAAUACCACAAGACGUCUUGACGCUCCCCCUCGUACACCCGGUCGUUGGAAGCCUGUCGACCGAGCUCAUCAACAUUGUAUUUAUGUGAAUUCACGGAAUGCUCUGUCGGGUUGGCUAGUUCACGUCGUUGGGGAUGGCGGCGAGGUGGUCUCCAACUGGUGAAAAUACUUGAGCAGUUCGUCGGUGGUGGUGCCGCAUGCCUCGGCGAGAUUCGAUAGGUGCCUACAAGUCCGUCUCAAUCGACAAAGCCAGAGCACGC